AUGGGUAAACUCAGUGUUGAAAUCUGCCUGAUCUCUGCUAGGGGACUCCGGAGAACUUCAUCUCUGUGGAAGCUCCAAUGGUUUGCUGUUGGGUGGGUUGAUCCUAACAACAAGUACUGUACCAAGAUUGAUUCUUCUGGAAAUGCAAAUCCGGUAUGGAAGACCAAGUUCUCAACAUUGGUCGAUAACUCCGAAUCGAACCUCGGAGAUUUGGCUCUGAACGUUGAGGUUUACAGUAGAGAGCCUAUCUUUCUUAGAGAGAGGCUUCAGGGGACAGCUACAGUUGUUCUGAAAGAAUUUCUUGAUAAAUACAUGAAGAAUUCUGAGGUUUCAAACUCAAAACCAGUUGAGGAAGUGGGGAGUUUUCAAUUGCGGAAAAGGAAUUCCACCAAACCUCAAGGAUUUGUGGAUGUUUCAAUCCGGGUUUCCGAGGAAAGGGACGAACCUAGUAUUUAUGCUUAUGGGGAGGGAUUUAAGCUCCCGGAUCAGAACAAUGGCAUUAACAUGGAUCAUGAACUUGGACCAGUACAAGCUUACCAACCACAACGGCCUCUAGCCCCCAUCCCACGGCCUGCAAAUCAUCUACACACAAGUCCUCCAUAUGCCAAUCCAGUGCCAUUCCCUACAACUUAUUCCAACACACCAAUUGGCGGACCGAGCUACCCUCUGGCAGGUGGACCUAGCUAUCAACCACCACGAACUCCACCACCACCACCUCCGCCUUCAAAUGUUGGCUACAUUCCCACUUUUCUCCCAAGAACAGAUAAUGUGCCACCAAGUUAUAUAAAUAUGCCACCCUCUGGAGCAGCAGCUGGACGCAGUGGUGGAUCUGGCUUUGGAAUGGGAAUGGGUGCUGGAGCGUUGGCUGCUGGUGCUGUGAUCUUUGGUGAUGAUUUUAUGUCCGGAUUUGAUUUUCCCGGCGGGUAUCAAGAUGCUAGUCUCACCAUAUCGACUGACCCUCCCUUCUGAGAGUAAUAUCUAUUUCCAGUAGUAAUGUUUCUAUGUACCAAAAUGAUGUUAAACACUUUCUCAAGUUGUUCA